GCAGCCGUAUGAUGCAUCGAUCGACCGUGCAUCCAGAAGCCUCUGCUUUUCGCUGGACCUACAAAACUGAGGCGGCAGUUCCACUGCGUUCCACAUAGAGUGCGUUGCUAGGCACCUUUUCUUUUCCCUUGCGCCAAAGCACGACAAGUCACAUAGAUUCACACCGAUCCUUUUUUUUAACGUUCAUAAAUACUCACAGCCAAGCAACAGAAAAUAAAACAUACAAUUGAUUCAUUUUAGAAAAGGUGGGAGAGAUGUCGUGGGUGCAAGUGGAGUGCAGCAACGGCAGCCGCUACGCCGCUCCGUCGCAUGGCAGACCGCUUCCCAACUUCAGCGGAGCGGCGCAACUCUUCCAGCCCCCGUUGAACCUACGAGAGCUGCAAACUGUCGAUUUGAUGGAGAUAAACGGCGGCCUUGAUUCUGAAAGGAAUCACGACGAUGGAGUCCGAGUGACGGUUGUGGCGGGUCAGCGGGACUUGGGCGGCCACUUUGGGAUUACAACGGUGAUCGUGGGUGGUGAGCAAGAAGAGUCGGAGGAUGAAACCCGUGGUACCGCCCAAUCUUCCGAACAGGCGAGUAGCGCUUCAGGAGGGCUGCAGCGACUUCUGGAGAGAGUAUUCGCUCUUCUGACCACCACGAAUGAUCGCGGUGUUGCGAUACUGCUGGAUGCGCUCUGCACACGCAGCCCGCUCCCCCUCACGGCAGAGGCCGCAUCAAGGGCAUCUGUUGUGGUAGAGGAUGACGGAGGGUCGCAUGUGUCGACGGUGCUGCGGCAAGCACGCGCACAGCUCCCCGACGGUGACGCGAUCCCGAAAGGAAAUGCAAAAGCAUCAAAUCAACGCUUCCUGCGACGCCUCACACAGGUCGGGUGUGCACCGUCGUUGAAGCAAGAAAGCGCAUCCCCGUUGCAGCUUCUCCCUCCCAACUCGUUGACGGUGGCCGCCAAAAUUCAAAGUGAAGGUCCGCAAAGGGCGGAGACAAGGAAGGCUGCACCGUCUCAACCCCUCUCCUUCGCCGCCGCUGUGCGUCGUCGAUCGCUGCUCUUCUUUGUAGAGAACAACGUUGUGCCGCUCAGCGUCCUGACUUCGCACGUGUGCGCUGUGGAAGUUCCUGAAGGACAUAAAACAGCCGCCGCUGCGGUUGGCGCCUCUGACAUUGCAAGCGGGAGUCCGACCACCACCACCGCAUCAUCAUCAGCAGCAAAUUCAUCCACCCCAAUGCUUGCCGAUACGCUUCUCCACUCGCUUGCUCGGCGUGUGGGCAACGCUUCGCGGAAGCACACAUCCGCGCUGACGGAGUUGCAGCUGAGCUGCACGUCUCCCUUGCGCCGUCGACCCAGCAAAGCGUUGGAACGAAACCCCACGUGGGCUGCUGCCGCACAAUCCGCAGAGGAAAGCGGCCACCUGCUUCUUCUCAUCUUUCUACGCCUACUUGUCCAUCAACCGUUGACGCCGACAGAUGCGGCGCAGAUGGAGCGCAUCUUGUUGAAAGGCACGUGGGACACGGAAGCACUAUCUGACCCGAGCUCUUCCCUAGCGCCCAUGUUGGCUGCCUACUCCCCCUCCGGUCUUCUCAUCGCGUCUGCUUCUUUUCGGCGUGCUCUUGGUCACGAAGAGUAUAUGCUGCUCUCCGCUGCUGCCAUCGAUCGCCUGACCCGCUUCACGCCACCACCACCUUGUCAUGAUACUGCUUGUGGAAAUGGACGCCGUCGCUGCGCAGACCUCCUUCGCUGGACUUCGUGGCCGAUGCGCGUAGGUGAAGCGAUACGAACGACACAGCAGCCGUCGCCGACGGCUUCUAUUGUGGAUGUUCUGCUGCUCACCGUCGGCGAUGCCUUAGCCAUCUGCGUGUGUUUUCCUCGCGUUUCCUUCAACGGCGAGGAGGAGGUGUCCCCUGCCGUAGCCACCGCCCUCUCUUUCGAAGGAGUGCAGCAGCUUCUUGAGCGUACUGUGACUAUCGCAGACGAGCGCGACUCCGCCGGACGACAGGGCAAUACGCCGCUGCUGCCGCUGCUCCGCUCAUCAUUGAUGGACUCUCUUGUGCACGCAUGCGCGCACAGCACGGCGCCCUACACACCUGCCUUCCAUGACGCCCUUUUUGUAGCCACCGCUGUGGAGGAAGCGUUGGGCAGUCUUCACUUCAACGAUGGCACUCAUUCGUCUGCACUCCUGUGCGCAGCCAACACGGGGGUGAAGGAAACGGUGAUGGGCGAACUCCAUCGUCUCCUGCACGGCGAAGCACAGUCGUUAAAAAAAGAUGCUUCGCACCUGUCACCUGAAGCUCAAGCGCAACUACCACCACUACCACAACAACAACCACAGCAGCAGACGCCGCUUCCCAGUCCCUCCGAAGCGGCGCUGAGUCGUGCUGCGGAACCACCGGCCGCGGCCAUCCGUACUAAGUCGCGCAGCGGUCUGCACAAGUUAUUCGCCUGCCUCCCGCUGCGAAGACGCAGCAGCCGCAACAGGGCGGGAUCUCUGUUGGACAGCAGCGCCUACACGACGGAGUCGCUGCGGCGGACGGGCGUGCACAUUCAGCGCCUUGAGGGUCCGAACACCACGGCAUCGUCAACGCACAAGUCUGUAGAAAAGAAUCAGCACUCCGAUGCGUCACGCGCCGCCGCCGCCAUGCUCGAGCUGCCGCUUGAGUGCAUGCUGUGCUGCGUAGCUGCGUUGGUCACACGCAACGAGUUGGGUGCGCUGCGCCGAAUGCACGAGUUGGGUCUGCACUCCUUCUUUUAUCUUCAGCAAAACGUUGUACCUUGCAUCAACGGCAAAAGCGCUAAGCCGCCCCUUCCAACGCGGCGAAGUACACCAAUGGCAUCAAGCAGCAACGGCGUGGGGCAUGAUUUAGUGCAAGGAGGCACCACCCCUUCUUCGCUUUCUUCUGUCAGUCCUCGCUUUGGUAUUUCGUUUACGCGGCUCUGUCUGCAGCAGCCGCAGUGUCCGUCCGCCAUCCUGCCGGAUGAGUGGCGAGGCGUCGAAGGCAUGCGGGACGGCGAAGGAGGUGAGCUAGCCUUCAUGGAGGACCCAACGCUUACCUUGCGGCUUUCUAUCAAGACACCAUCCACCGGAGAGCACGACCGACGCACGCAGCAGUCUGCCGCAGUCACCGUGCUGCCCUGCUGGUCGAUCCUUCACCUAACGCCUGUGGAGCUCCCCGAGGCGUCAAGCGACAGCGCAGGAAACAGACAAGACGAAGACACGGAUUCUCUAGAUGGUUCGCUCUCCAGUGUGGCGGACAACGAUGGUGUGCUGGGCUCCUGCCCAGCGAGUGUGCACGAGGAUGCCCAACUGCUGACGUCCUUUUGUUACGUGCUCACACGAAAGCUCCAUCGGCGUGCUAUCUGGUCGAGGAAUCCACCAGCGGUGAGGGCGAUAAUGGGCAGUACGAGUGCGCGGGGUCGCGGCGAAGGCUUCUCACCAACUCGGCCAACAUUUUCCUCCCCUUCUCCCGCCCUCGUUUCUGCGCUCUCGGAGACCGAAAUGGGGAGCCCAACGGCCGACAAAGCGUGGGUGGAUGUGGCAGCGGUGAUGAACAUUUGCGGCGACAUCACAGGCGAAAGGGCAGAAGCCCUUUUGCACGCGUUGCAGAAACACGGCUUGCCCAAAAAAGCGAAGGCAACCGCUGAUGGCAAAGUCGAUGGCCUGCGAGCGCCGACAGGGGAUGGCGAUCCGAUUGAAUACGAGUACGUCGCUGGUGCCGGUGCGAAGAUGAAGGAGCUGUUCCGCGAAGCAUUGGUGUGUCAGGAGGCGGCCUUGCUGUUGCUCGAAGCCGCAUCUUGCGAUUAA